AUGCCUCAUCUGUGCGACCGCCAAGGCUCAACAGCGGCAGAACGCCGCUCCCAUGACAGCCAGAUCGUCCAGAUAUCCGUUCGAGAUGCUGGCCCUGGACAUCCUCGGACCUUACCCCGAGAGUGGGGUCCUCAAAAGAACACCUACGUGCUUCAAGUAGAGGACGUGUUCAGCAGAUGGCUGGAGGCCAAGGCGUUCCCCGAAAUUCACGGUCGGGACAUAGCCACAUACCUCGAGGAAGAAAUGUUUUCGAGGUAUGGGGCCCCCAGGGUCAUAAUCAGUGACAACGGCACUCCCUUCACCAGUAACGCCUUCCAGAGGCUAUGCCGGGAACGACAAAUCCAACACCGGACGACAAGUGUCUACCACCAGCGGGCGAAAACCAGUGAGAGGCGCGCCCAGGAACUUAAGAAGGUUCUCAGGAUCCUCCUGACCGGCAAGCCGGAGAACCAAUGGGGGAAGUACCUAAGCAGUGCCCUCAAGGUGCUGCGUUCCCGAAAAAACCGGGCAACCGGUGAAACACCUGCCUCCAUUGUCCUAGGCUACGAACUGCCAUGUCCAGGAGACUGGAGCACCCAGUACGCCAAGUACCGGCGAACCCUCACCCCUCAGCAGCGGAAGAACCACAACCGGGAGGUUUUUGAGCGACAACUAGUGUUCCAGAAGGAGUACAGCUCCGAUGUACGCCCUCCCGUGAGCUUUGCGCCCAGCGACAAGGUGAUGACCAAGAACCGCCAGCCAGGAGCGUUUGGCCCAAAAUGGACCGGCCCCUGGGAUAUAAUAACCGCCACCGGCCAAUCAACCUAUAAAGUGCUAAUUAAUGGGCGCCAGUGGAACGUCCACGUAGAUGAUCUCCGACCGGCCCCACCGGGUAAUCCCGAACCGAUUCCGGAUGACGAUAUCGAUUAUGCGUCUGAGAGCGAAUCAGAAGAAGAAUUCGAAUUUGGAGAGGAUUUUCGCCGGACGAGCGAACCCUCCGAAGAACCAAUGCCUUCGUCACCCCCGCGACCGGAGUCCCCUACACCGGGACCCUCCUCUGUACUGACCGAGGAAGAGAACACGGCGUUGGCCCAGAUCCACGCCAUCCGAGCACAAGGAAGGACCAAAGAACCAGUACUCGGCUAA